GGGGGUCCACCGGAUCUAAUCGGAAACUUAGUUUCUAUCUCUAUUUAAAAAGGAACUUCUGUUCGUUUUCUUUCAUCGCUCAGCCUUGGGCAACAAAUCUUCUGGUACCAUCGAGAAGUCGGGUUCGGUACAGUUUAUGCUGUUAGUGGCCCUUAUAAACCCAACAAAGAAAGAAAGAAAAGCCCUGAUCAUUAUUAAUGGAAGAAAUGUAUUUAUUUUUACUCACAACUGGUCUUGGGUGUGCGGGGGUUGUGCUGCCCACACUAGUACAGCAUAUGCUGCGGGCAAUUGGGGGUGAGGGCUCAGCAGAACGCCAGAUGCGUCAGGAAGUUGCAAAUUUGAAACAACAGUUGCAGAACAUUAGCAUGGUUGACCAAUUUGCUAUUUAUGCUAGAGUGCAGCGCAAAAUCAAUGCUCUUAGCCAACAGUAUAAAGAAAAAGGUACGGUACAAGAAUCUAACACGGGGGGUCGGGGUUUUGGCAGGGCUCUAAGGACUGUGGGGGCACUUAUGUGUUUGGGUUUACUGGGGGAUCAAUGAUCCGUACUGUCUCUUUCACCCGACCGUUGGCCACUUUUUACCACGUUAUCUUUCCCAGGGUGCCAAUUUGGACAGAUAAGUGUGAUGGUGUGGUUGGGUGUAGUACGUAUGGUGUGUAGCAAAAUGACCAGCUCCAUGCCUACCAGUGUUCAAAGAAGUGGGCCACAGUUUGUGCCACCAGUCUUUGCUCAGUCAGCCACACCAGUUGCCCCACCAUUAGACUGAUGUCACUUCCCAAUUCAUUUUACCAGGUUUUACCUGGUAAAUCCAUUUACCAGGUAAAACCUGUUAUGGUACUUUGUACAGUAUCAGCUAUUGGGGUAGCUGCUACAGUACAUUAUCUAAAUACUACUGUAAUUUAUGGGAACUUUAGUGUUUUUUGUUAAACUAAAAUGUGAUACAGAAUGAUACAGGGAUUUUACCGUGACAUAAAAAUUGGAAAUUACAGUGCAGUAUUUUAAUUUACUUCAUUACGAGUAGCUCGUUGUUAAUACGAGGAUAAUAUAGUUAACUUUGGCACUAAGUCCAAAAGUUUCACUUGGCAUAUAUGAGGAAAGCUGUUUUUCACUUAUAUCAUGAUCAUGCAUAUAGGCACACUUGCAACACCUGGGUAUAUAUUAGACAGUGGAAGAGGUAAUCAGUCACUUAGCCUUGAUCAGUCUGAAACAGAAGCAGGAGAAUUGGCACUUAUAUACCAUAGCUAGAAGAAAGGUGCAGCAGUUAAAAGCAUUGUAAUGGGUAGUUGGGACCCACUGGUGGAAGUGAGUUAGGCUAAAGAUAAGCAGUAGGGUUGUGGGAGUUUUUUUUUUUUUUUUGUAUUUUCUAUAAAUGUACCUACCAUAUAAUCUCGCAAAUGCAUGCAUGAUGUAUAGGAAUAGCCAUGGCCAACUGAUGAAUUGGAGUGGGUAGAGUCAUCCACAAUGGGAAUUUACAUACUUCACUGCUUUGAAUCAGAAGUUAUUAGUUUGGACAAUACAUGUAAAUAAGAUUAUUGUUAAUAUCUUCAGCUUUUACAUGUUGUCAUCAACGGUAAUUUCUCAUGUGAGAAUGACGGUUAAAAUAUUUCGAGUUAAUAUACAUAAGAUUUGUCCAAUAAUUGAUUGUAUACUUAGAGACCAAGUAAGCAUUCAUCAGUUUUUUUUCUUAGUACUUCACAGGUUUACACAACCCGCAUUCUAGUCUGUAAAACUGCAAAGAUAAACAAAUUUGUACACAGCAGCAGUAUAAGUGCCAGAACUAAAUAAAUACAGGAGGGCCCCACUUAUACAGCAAGUUCAGUUUCAGGCUACCACUGUAAAGUGAAACAUAUCCUUUUAAAUGCUUAUGCUGAUAAUAUGUUUACACUAUCAUAUAUUAAGUGAGCAGAAGAGCUAGGCCUAAAAAAAUGCAUAUACAGUACACACAUUAUUAACUUGAAUAUAUUUUAGUCCUUAGCGUAUAGCAAUUGGUGAAUAUAUUUAUUGUAGGAAGUCGGAAUAGAUGAAGACUGGGUAUAAUUGACAAACACCGUAUUAGCAAAA